CAGGACAAAGAUAAGAAACUGUCGCCGGACAAUGCUGAAAAUGAGAAGGAUUUGACAACAGAGAAGGACAAGACAGUGCAAAAUGGCAAGGAUGAGACACACGAUGAGGAGGAGAAGGUGGUGAACAAGAGUGUGGAGAAUGGUGAUGGCGAAGUGACGCUGAAUGAGAGCAAAGUGUCAGAGCCGGCGAGUCCACCUGCUGAGAAUGGUGACAGCAAUAAGAAGCCGAAGAAGGAGAAAGUGAAGAAGAAAUGGUCCCUGAGGAACUUCUCGUUCAGUAAAAGGGACAAACAGAAGCCGGUGGCAAAGGGUGAGACACCAACUGAUGCUGCUGCCACUGAAGGUGCCGCCGCCGCUGCUGCUCCUGUCGUCGCGUCUCCAGCAUCACCGCCAAUUGUGGUCAAUGGCACUGAGUGUGAGAAGGUCCCUGAAGAGGCGACUGAAGAGGUUGUUGCUCCGGCCGCGGAGGCGCCCAAGAAGGAGGAAGUGAAGGCAGCAGAGCCGUCAGCACAGGCGCCCGUGGAGGAGAAGAAGGAGGAGCCCGCCGUUCCUGCUGCUGCUGCUCCUGCUCCGGUGCAGAAUGGCGAGCCAGCGGCAGCUGCGAAGGCUGAGGAGCCGGUCGUCGCCGCCGUGGAGGCGAAGGUCGAGGCGACUCCUGAGGUCACCACAGAGGCUGAGGCGCCCAAAGUGGAGGCUGCUCCCGAGGUGGCCGCUCCGCCGGCCGCGGCCGAAGAGGUAAAGAAGCCCGAAGAGGUGUCAGAACAAACUGUCGAGGCUGGUGAGGGCGCUCCUCCUCCACUUCCCACUAUUCCGCCACCCUCUAAGGUGAUGGUGUUCGCUGAGAGUGCAAUGUCCACGGCGACAGAGUCCGAAACUCCUGUUAUCCCAGUUGCCACUACACCCGCUGCUCCCGUUGCGAAUGAUGGUUCCGCUGAGGUCGUAGGUCAGUCCGCGGCGCCACAGGAGGCCGAGGUGAAGGCUCCGGAGGCCCAGGCGGAGGUUCAGGCACCGGCGGCUGCUCCAGUGGAGGAGGCGAAACCCACAGAAGCUCCUGCUCCCGCUCCCGAAACUGCAGCUCCAGCUCCGGCUCCAGUGUCGGAAGAAGUCCCAGUUGUUCCUGUCCCAGAAGUUGCCGCCCCGGUGGCUGAAACUCCUGCUGCUGUGGAAGCGGCUCCAGCUCCAGUUCCCACGCCUGAGGAGGCUCCAGUCGCGGCAGCGACUGAGACUCCCGCUCCAGCUGCCGAAACUGCCCCUGUCACUGCCACAGAGGCGGCUCCCGUUCCCACUCCUGAAGUUGCUCCUGAAGUUGCUCCUGAAGUCGCUCCUGUUGCUCCCGAAGCCACUCCAGCUCCGUCCGAGGUGCCAGCCGAGCCGAAGCAGGAAGCGAUCGCCGAGACGAUCGCCCUGAUUGACAAAGUGAACGAGGCGGCCACCACAGAGCAGUCUCUCCCGCCUCCUCCGCCGGCCGCCGAGGCUGCCGAAUCGGCCCCAACGUCUGUCCAGGAAGAACUCUCGGCGGACGCUUCGUCGCCUUUGCCGCAGAAUAGCCUAGAAACUCUGCCGUCGCCGCCUUCCUCUCUCACGCCCAGCGAAGCGAGUUUGCCACUGCCGCCGCCAGAGUCGCCAGUGGUGUCUUCUGGCGAUGUGAAGACGGAAGUGGCGGCCGAGGAGCUGCCGCCGCCGCCGCCCAAGGAGGAGGAGGAGAAGAAAGUCACCGCCGAAGAGUCCCAAAGCAUUCCGCCAGCCGAUCAGGCCACAACAACUCCCGCUGCUGCUCCUGUGACUGAUGAGAAGGUCAAUGGGCAUGCUGAGCAACAAGUGAAGUCUGAUGCGGCUCCAGUGGCUGAAGUGACGCCGGCGGAGAAUGGACACUCGGAGGAGAAGAAAGAAAUUCCAGAGUCGCCUGCUGCUCCAGCUGAGAAGGCCGCUGCUGCGGCCCAAACGCCUCCAGCUGCCGAUGCUGUCAAGGUGGAAUAAGAGAGAGAGGGAAAGAAUUGCUGGAACGAGAGAAGAACACACUUAGAAAACAUCCUGACAUUUUGAUCGAUCAUCCAUUGCGAGAAAUAUUGCACUUUAGAAAAGGAGAAGAAGAGGAAGAAAAAGAGGAGAAUGAAUGAAAUUUUUCGUCUGUAAUUAUUUUAAUAUAAACUUGCUAAUUGUUAAUGAAAGAAAAUAUUGAAACGAAAAAAACACCCUCAAAAUGAAUGCAUAUAUAUAGAAAAAUGAGGGAAAGAAAUUUUUCUACGACGAUCAAAUGAAAAUCACGGUCAAUUUAGGAUCAUUUUUGAUGAUGAAAAGAAAAGGGAGAAUUUUUUUCAGGGGAAAAAGAGGGCGAAAAUCUACCCAUUUUCUACAGACACUUUUCUUAUUAUACAACAACAAAAAGAAAUGAUAUUUGAUGAAUAUAUAGAAUGAAAAAAGAAGAAACUUUUUGAUACGAAACACUUUUCAACAUGCAAACAUGUUUUUUCCAUACACAAUUUUUUGUAGAAGUGAAAGAGAAAAAGAGUGAGAGAAAAAGUUGAGGAUGCGCAAAUCGAAGCUCAAAGAACAAUUUUUCGAUCGAAUCAAUUUUUCUUUUUUGAUAAUAUUUGUAUAAAAAAAAAUACUGUAGUUGGUAAAAAAAAAUUUUCACUAAUUGUCAAUGUAAUCCCAUGGUAGAAAUAAAGGAUAUCACGAGCUACAAGUGAGAUAAACUGAUAUAUCUGCUAUUGCUGAACUUAGGAUGGACAUUUUGGGGGCUGCGAAGGGAGUUAUUGAAGGAAAAAGAAAAAAAAAUGUAGGAAUACUCAUGAAACAGGAUGAAUUUCUGUCUCCUCGAUAAGCAUUUUUUUUGUAUUAAUUUGCCGUCUCUUUUGAAGCUACCUUUGAGGUUGUUUAAGGCAGAGUCGCGUGAGAAUGUAGAGAGGAAAGAAAAAGGGAGUAAUUAAGGAUGUGCGAAAGGGGCGAAAUUGAGAGUCUCCUUAUAAAAUUUCACAUUUUUAGCUAUUUUUCUUUGAUUAAAUGAGAGAAUAAAAAAGUACUUUAAUUUGUGUUUCUUUUCUCUCUCCUUUCAACAUUUUUUCUCUGUUUUUUCUUUCAUUUCUUCUCUCUAAAUUGUUUUUGCUUUGUCUUUGGCGUUUUGAUUUGUUGUUUUCUGGUGACAAGAAAGAAAGAAUGGAAAAAGGACGAUAAAUUUGAUUGAGAAAGUAUAAUUUUGCUUGGCAUUUUUUGUGUUGUUCGUGUUUAAUGCAUUGAAUAUGAAGAAAGUAAGAAUUUUUAGGGGUGGAAAAAAGCAUGGAAAACCAAAUCAAUUGACAAGAAAGCGAACUGAUGAAAAUUGUGGUUAAAUGGGUCCAACAUGUAUUCACGAUUUUUGCCAAAAGAAAGAAAAAAAAAUGAGGGAAGAAAAACGCGGAGUGAAGCGAAAAGACGCCGAAAAGAAGAGAAGACGAAUUUUGUCUCUUAACCAGAAAACCCAACAACGAUAUUUAAAAAAUUAUGAUGAGAAAAAAGCACCAAAUUAUUAAGUGAGAGAGAGAGAGAGAGAAAUAUUCCCAUCGCCCAAUUUCUGCUGAAUUUAUAUACAAAUUAUCCUUCGUUUAGUUCAUAAAAAUAAAGCAACGUGUAAAAAAAAACGACGUGACGAGAAAAGGUGUCUAAUUU